GGUACGGCUACAACUUUACAGCUGUGCUAGCAGUGACUCCAGGGACACAAAGUUAGAGAGAGACAUAACGGACGCCUGCAUCAGACCUUCCACGGAUACAGGAAGAAGCAGCUUGAUACGUUGAGGUGUUUGGAGAGCUAUGCUGCAGCGGAGAGGCCUGCUGGAUGGCAGAGGGGAGUGUAACAGGGCAGUGUUGGUGUCUGUGGCAGAGUUUGACCCCGGGGUGAGGCUGGGGAGGAGGCCUGGAGCCGAGAGGGACGCCAAGAGGCUCCACCGGACCCUCAGCAAACUGGGCUUCGAGGUGGACAUCCACGCUGACCUCGGCGGAGACGAAAUCUACGAGUUGUUUCUGAAAGAGAGCCGGCGGCCUGUGAAGGACUGUUUCCUGGGCGUCUUGUCGUCUCACGGGGAGGAGGGCUGCGUGUUCGGAGCUGACGGGAAAGCCGUCCAACUCGCUCGUGUCUUCAGAUAUUUUGACAGCGAAUGUAUGGAGAAAAAGGCCAAAGUGUUCCUCAUACAGGUGUUCAGGUUCAUAAGGUUUCAGCUCACAGUCUUCUGUACACAUUUCAUCUGACCUCAACUGAAAAGUUGAAUUAAAGAAAAGUUGUAUAUUGUCAUGAUCUCAGUCUUACAUGAGGUCAGUUUGGGUCACCCUGAGGUCACAAAACCAUGCUUGUACUUCAGGAUCUCUGUAACUGAGGACUUGUUGCUGUCUCUGCAGGCGUGUCGGGGAGACGGUCUGGAUGACGGGGUGGAGGUGGAUUCAGCUGGAGACACCGCAGAGUGCAGCUUCUCAGAGUAUCUCUCUGUUCCUGUAGAUACAGCUGUGAUGUACGCCACAGCACCGGGUUACGCAGCUUUCAUGCACCAGCUGAGUGGAUCCGUCUUCCUCCAGACUUUCUGCACUUUGUUAGAGGAGGAGGGCAAUCGCAACCUGGAGCUGACCCGCCUCAUGACCCGCCUCGCCCACAGUGUGGCCUACACCUUCCAGGCCAAAGGCCGCGUCCUGGGUGGGAAGAAGGAGAUGCCGUGCCUCCUGACCCGACUGACCCGGGAAGUGUUCCCGUUCGCUGAGCCGGGGAAAGACGGCGCCUGUACGUGACUGAACGGAUGAAUCACCAGGACAUGCAGAUCGAUGAGAGAAGACAAGCUACCAGACUCUGUGAGCAACUGAUGUCUGCGGAUGGUUUUAGAGAAGAAGAACUGAGAAACCUUAUAUUUUCUCUUGAAGCUCCAAAGACGUCAAGGAAAUGUCUCCUGAAAUAUUCAAUUUAAAUGUAAAGCUUUAUUUAAUACACAGGUGUAAGGAGUAGGAGGAGGCGUAUAUUCGGAAACUAACAAUAAAGAACGAAUAUAUUGUUUUAACUUGAGUAAAGUAAAAGUAAAAUAUGUCGUACACCACUCUGUUUUAUAAAAAGACAUCAUUUUGAAUUUAAACAGUAACAUUUACAGUAAAUGAGUAAAUGUAAUGUAAAAGAAAAUAGUUUUUAACUAAGCUAUCAGGACACUAAACGCAUUAAAGUCCGUACUUGUGACUGUAGGCUGCUUUUUUACUUCCUUUUUCAUUGUCUGUGUGACGUAUUCCUGUCCAAUAGCAGAAUAGUAACAGCUACUUUGUGCCACGUUUGUUUUAUAUGUGACCUGCCAAGGGACUGCAGAUGAAAAAUGAUCUGGUAAAAUACAUGACAUGGUAACGUUUAUGUUUAAUAUUUUAAAUCCUUCAUUUAUAAUUGAGAUGAAUAGAGAAAAUCCAUUUGUUUUGUUUUGUGCUUGAUGAUCACAUUUUAUAAAAACAAGCAUUAUAGAACAAAAAACAGAGACACAGAAAUAAACUUAAAACUGGGUUCAGGAAGCAACCAACAUUUCCAAAUUUAAUUCCAUAUUUAUUUUGUGAGAAGGCUUAUAAUUAGGGCUAGGGUAUUUUAUGAAUUUUAAUUGUGUAUUUUAUUUAUUUUAUUUUAUUGUAUUUUUAUAAUUGUGUAUUUUAAUGUGUGUUUCUUAUGUGUUUUUUAUCCAAUUCUGCAAACUAUAUGUGUCUCUGUUUUCUGUAAAGUGUACUGGGACCACACAGCUGGUGAUUUUACACUUUAAAUAAAUUUGA